GCUGCUGUUACUGCGCAUGCGUAGUCGGGCGCCGCUGGUUGUGAGAAAUUAUGGCCGUUGCGAUGCAGACGGAGGAUUUUCCUUACUUGCCUUCGGGGCCGGCGGAGGUAAAUAAGAUGAUAAAGGAGCAUGGUGACCUGUUUUCUGACUCCCAGUGUAAAGUCUGCAGUGCUGUCCUAAUUUCUGAGUCUCAGAAGUUGACUCAUUAUCAGAGCAAGAAACAUGCCAACAAAGUGCGGCGCUACAUUUCCAUCCAAAAUGAGAAGGAGCCAGCGUUGAAAAAGUUCAAGUCAGAGUCAUCUGACAGUGUGGACUGUAACAACGGAGACACAGACCGGUCGAAGGUGUGUCAUGUAUGUAACAUGACCUUCUCAUCUCCUGUGGUGGCUGAGUCUCACUACCAGGGCAAAGUUCACGCCAAGAACCUGAGACUGAAAACCGUCGGACCCCAGACACAAGUAGCCUCACAAACAACACCAACAGUUCCGCUGAAGAAGAAGCCCGCGGAUGAUUCGAGUACCGCCCUGGCAACAGGCGACAACAACAACCCGGACCGUUUCUGCUCCAUCUGUCAGGCGUCCUUCAACAACCCCCUCAUGGCCCAGCAGCACUAUGUGGGCAAGAAGCAUAGAAAACAGAUGACGAAGCUCAAACUGAUGGAGACGUACGGUCCCUCCACAGCACCAGCUUCCACACUAAAGGGCUACCCAUGUACCAUCUGCAACAUUGAACUAAACUCUGUGGAGCAGUACCAGUCUCAUAUCAGUGGUGCCAAACAUAAGAACCAAAUGAAGAAAUCAGGUCUGAACCCUGCAGAGAACCAACAUGCAGCAGAACAAUCGUUUGGUGGUGACAAACAGUUUCCUGCCGAAGAUGACCAGUAUGCCACCGAGGACAAAAACAUCAGCACCGGCGAUGACGAGUACGCUGCUGGAGACAACAACAAGUACGCUCCUGAGGACACGGAGUACUCAGAGGAGUACCAGUAUACUUGAGACUGGGCUGGAAGAUGGACUGCUGAGGAUUGAGUCAGGACUUGGAGUGAAACACAACAACCAGCCCCUUUAACACAUUAACAAAGCAUCAGCCUCCAUGGACCUUCAGUUCCUGUCUGAGUCUCUUCUCCGUAGGUUUCCCCCUAAACAGGCGACUCUCCAGUUCACUGAGCCCCAAAGUGGAAUUUGAUCACUUUUGGUUCCCAACCCAAACGAUUUAAAGAAUGUGUUUUUUUUGGCUGGACCACAACAACGGGGCCAGCCCUAUGAACGUGAAAGGCCCCGCUGACUGACUGAAUGAUGAAGUUACACUAUUGGUUGCUGAAUGCCGCCACUUCCUUGUAUCUGUUUCACAUGAAAAGCCCUCUAGCUUUUAACGCACAGUCCAGCCAUACACCAGGUUUUGACCUAGUCCUGUUAAAUUUAGUUUUCUCCGCUUUCUGAAAAUAGCUUUUGAUGUGAGGAGGAGUUGUACCCUUCAACAUGUGAUCACGGGUUCAGCAGUGAUGCAGCUGUACCCACAGUCACCACAAAGAAUGUCUUUGAGAGUUCAACUGGCUUUUUCCUUCCGUUACAAACACAUGUGCGGACUGAAAACCAUCCUCCAUAUCCAUGUACAUUAAGGCUGGGUAGUGUGUGAAAUUUAUCAAAGCUGGUGCUGAUAUAACAUUUAUAAAAUAAUAAAUAAAUGGGCAAAAUUCUGAUUUCAAUGGGUAAAUAUCUGAUCGGAGAAUACAUAAAUAAGACUAUAAAUCUCUUCAGCCAUUGUAUGUCAACUACUCUUUGCUACAGACCCAUUUUGGCUAUUUUGGUUUGAUGCCCAGCCUUAGUGUACUUCCUGAAUUGACAGAAACUUGUAUCAGCAGCACUGAAGACAUUAUUGGACACAGUAGGGUAUUUUAUUGUUCAACCCCUACUAACUUCUAACCAAUACUAACGUGUUGCACCAGGAGCCAAAUGUAACCAAUUCAGAGCGAAACUGCUUUCUAGCUCACAUUUCUAGCUUCUUCUCUGCUCACCUGAAUAUUUUUGGUUUGCAUCUCCCGUGAAUGUAUUUAUUGAGACGUGCUCAACUCCAGCUCUAAAUCUGGUGUCAAGAUGGGAAAGUGAAAUCAAAGGCAGUCACUUAAUAUAACUGCGCGACUGAUUAAAAUAAAUCCCUUCACAUGUGAGGGAGGGGGGGGUUAAGUUUAUGGAGUCUGCAGCCAGUUUUGAUGAUGUCAUUGCUGUGCAGACAGAUGGAAACAAGUCUGAGUCUAGAUACUGCAUCUAGUCUGUUAAAUCUGAUGUUAUUAGUUUAAUUUUAUCGUUAUUUGGUUUUACAGUUCCUUUUAUCUUUUUUUAUUUAAAGCUGAAAUAUCUCCAGAAAGAUUUUUUUUGUCAAAUGGUUAUUUUACUAGAUUUUCUUAUUAAUAUUCUGGACAAUGGUGAUAUUUCAGUUCUUUUUAGUUUUUAUUAUUUGCUUUUU